GAGAUUACGAGUUGACAUUGUGUACAUGGUACUUCGUGUUGAUUCCAGGCCUGCAUGAUGCAGCGACACUUCCGUGAAGCCUACGGAAGGUUGCUGAUAUGGGGCUUCUUGCUCUGAGUGUCGGGCCGUUUCGGAACCGAGUCCGGGCGGUUCGGUCGUGGAGUCGAGAUUUAUCCUCUAUUUCUACUUUUCGCAACGGAGCCCUCACAUCGAAGGGCUCACUGAUCCAAAGGCGAUGUGGAGGAUUAUUUCAACACAGUUUCCCAAUCGCUCGGUUACUUAGCUCAAACAAGCCCCCACGAGGGUUUGAAAAGUUUUUCCCAAAGAGUGAAGAGAGCACUGGUGUCAACAAAUCAUCUGAAGAUGAAAAUACCAAAAAACAAGAAUCACUUGUAAGGGAAGAGCAGGACACAAAUAAUGAUGAGGACAAAAGAAGAAGAAGAGGGGGAAAAAACGAAGAGUCACACUGGUGGACACGCUUUCAGGAGGAGUUUCCCUUGGAUCAAAAAUCAUUUCAGUACUUUGCAUUCGGUGCUGCAGGGAUGACCUCAGCUUUUUUGUACUUUUACUUCCGAGAGACGGGGAUACAGAUCUCCUGGAAUGACUUUGUGCGGUACUACCUGAACACAGGCUUGGUCAAUCGCCUGGAGGUUGUCAAUAAACAUUAUGUCAAAGUAAUUCCUUACCAGGGAGUGAACACAUCUGAAGUGAGCUUUUUGUGGUUCAACAUUGGCAGUGUUGAGUCAUUUGAGCACAACCUGGAAAUGGCCCGGCAAGAAAUUGGUUUGGACUCACAGAGAGUUCCUGUAUUCUACAGCAGUGAAAUCGAUGGGACACUCCUUUUAAAUGCCCUUCCAACCUUACUGCUGGUGAGCUUUUUAGUUUUAGCCAUGCGAAGGGGACCAAUGGCAGGAGGUCGUGGUGGUAACGGGCGAGUAGACCCCUUCAGCAUGAGUGAAUCCAAAGCUAAAAUAAUCAAAGACAACAUCAAGGUUCGGUUCAGAGAUGUCGCAGGCUGUGAGGAGGCUAAACUGGAGAUUAUGGAGUUAGUCAACUUCUUGAAGAACCCACGGCAGUACCACGACCUAGGAGCCAAGAUCCCAAAGGGUGCAGUGUUGGCGGGCCCACCUGGUACUGGAAAGACCUUGCUAGCUAAGGCCACGGCAGCAGAAGCCAACGUCCCCUUCAUCACCGUCAACGGCUCCGAAUUCCAGGAAAUGUUUGUUGGCGUGGGUCCAGCGAGGAUAAGGGACACGUUUGCCACAGCUCGAAAACACGCUCCCUGCAUCCUCUUUAUUGAUGAGAUUGAUGCAAUUGGCAGGAAGCGAGGCAGAGGGAACUUUGGCAACCAGAGCGAGCAGGAAAACACCCUCAACCAGUUGCUUGUGGAAAUGGACGGGUUCAACAGUUGCACUAACGUAGUAGUUUUAGCUGGCACCAAUAGAGCUGAUAUUCUGGAUCCAGCUUUGAUGAGGCCGGGACGCUUCGACCGACAUAUAUACCUAGGACUACCAGAUAUUAAAGGCAGAGCAUCCAUCUUUAAGGUGCAUUUAAGACCUCUGAAGUUGGAUACUAAUAUAGAAGAACAGGCUUUGGCCAGGAAGCUAGCUGCACUCACUCCAGGUUUUACUGGGGCUGAUAUUGCUAAUGUGUGCAAUGAAGCGGCUCUAAUAGCUGCACGCCACCUCAGCCAACAUGUCAACACUAAGCACUUUGAGCAGGCAGUCGAUAGAGUUAUUGGAGGUCUGGAAAAAAAGACUCAGGUAAUGCAGCUUCCAGAGAAGACUACUGUAGCGUAUCACGAGGCCGGACAUGCUGUGGCCGGCUGGUUUCUCGAACAUGCAGACCCCCUUCUUAAGGUCUCCAUUGUUCCCAGAGGAAAAGGUUUGGGUUAUGUGCAAUAUCUGCCUAAGGAACAGUACCUGUUCAACCGUGAGCAGCUGUUUGACAGAAUGUGCAUGAUGCUGGGGGGUCGAGUGGCUGAGCAGGUUUUCUUUCGGCGAAUCACCACCGGGGCGGAGGAUGACCUCAGGAAGGUCACCCAGUCUGCAUAUGCACAGGUCGUACAGUUUGGAAUGAAUGAGGUGGUGGGCCAGGUUUCUUUUGACCUCCCUCAGCCGGGUGACAUGGUAACUGAGAAGCCCUACAGUGAAACUACAGCCCAGCUCAUAGAUCAGGAGGUCCGCUUGCUUAUAGACUCUGCCUUCCAGCGAACCCUUCAGCUCAUCACAGACAAGAGAGAUAUGGUGGAGAAGGUAGCAAAACGUCUGCUAGAAAAGGAGAUGCUGGACAAAGCGGACAUGGUGGAGCUGCUGGGAACUCGUCCCUUUCAAGAGAAGUCAACAUAUGAAGAGUUUGCUGAUGUGCUGGGGAGAUUAGAGGAGGACCCUUCUAUAUCUCAAGGGCCAGAAGGAGUACUGAGAGUGGGAAAAACACUUGCAGAAUGAGCAAAUCAAAUCAGCCCUUUUCCUGUAGUUGGACACGCAGCCUCAAGAUAUUAAGCUGAAUUAAGUUAAAUAUUUUGGAAGUUUGUCACCAUCUGGUGCAGAGUGUCGGGGCUCUGAAUGAAAUGCCUUGUUCUCACAGCUGCAAAGUGAGAUAUGGUGACGUGUUGCACAGGUCUUAAAUGGCCUCAAUGAUGCAAUUUCUGAAAUUGUAGUAUUUAUAUUCCAGGGGGAAUAACCAAAAAUACUCAUCAUGUUAUUCUUAGGUCAGUCGGUAAGCCAACGCUUCUGCACUUAUUGAGUGCAACUUACAAAACUGAAACCAAAUGAGAUUUGCGACAUUGUGUCACUUACCACAUGAAUUGUGGUUUGUAUUGUCAGUUACACACGAUGCUGGUAUUGUUAUAUGAUGGUAUCAUAGGUACAAUUUUAUUCUAAGACUCUAUGCCUUCAUCCAACCUUACUUUUGUUAAUAUGACAAGAAUGGUUCCAGUCCCGGCUGCCACUUCAUUGUGUUGAUAGCUGAAUAUCCAAAACGUUUUGUCUAGGUAAAAGCCAGUUUUCUUUAAGAUUAAGGUUAAUGUUUUUUAGGUACUUCAAUUGUACUUUUUGAAAGUGUUAAAUAUUUCUUCUCACUGUUCUAUAAUGAACACAUUUUUAGAUAUGUGAAGAUGUGUCUAAAUUUAAAUACAUUUGUAUCACCAUUACAGUCUUUCAGCAGACAUCACCCUUU